AUGCCGCCGAAAUUAUCAAAAGUUGCUAAUAAACACAACGGAGUUAAAGGCGUCGAAGCCUUAGAAAAUAGGCACGAGAAGAUAAAACGAGAACUUCGUGAUAAUUUGUCUGAUGCCAAUGGUCGAUUAACCAAAUCUGAAUCUGCAAUCGUUGAAUUGAAAAAUAUCAUAACACAAAAAGACGAGGAAAUUGCUGAACUGAAGUUGACAUUGAUGAAUAAAAGAGAUAUAGAAAAUCAACUGAAAAAUGCGCAGAAAGCUCUGGAGUCCAGUCAACGAUCAUCAGAAUUCGUUUCGAAUCAAGUGGCGAAUCUUCAUCGCGAAAACAAUAAUCUGAAAGAUAAAAUCAAUUUCUUGAAUAAUAACAUUCUGUUAGCUGAAAGAAACAAGGAAGAAUCGAUGAGAGACGCUGUUCUGGCAAGAAAUUCUGAAAACAUUCACAGAAAGAAGGCAUUGGAUAUGAAUAAUAAACUGAACAGUCUGAAACUUCAAUCUCCUAGUGGUGGAACGAAGCUGAAAAAAUACGGGGAUAUUCGGAAAACCGAUACCAAAAUUUCCCGAUUUAAACGAUGUCUUGAGUUUCUGAAGAAAGAUGUAGACGAGGACGACUUCGAUGCAUUCAUCACUGAUUUCUGUCAUUAUAUCGCAAAGGAUCCAUCUUUUUCAUACAAGAAUUGCUUAUCAGACAUGGAUUCGUUCCUGGCAGUUGUCAAAUUCAAGUUCUCGGAUACCGUUCUGAAAGAUCUGAAAGCUUUUCUCACCGAAAAAUUGGGGUAUGACAUCUUCAGUUCUCGUAACAAAAUCGAUAAUCUUCGCAAACUCCACUCGACUGUUGACGAUUAUGAGAUCACCACGAAAGAAACUAUGAAAAAAGUGGGAUCGCGAGAAGUCAAUGCGAAAUCGGCAAUCAUUAAAGCAAAAGACGUAUCCGCAUUAAUCUGUAUGCGACUCGAAAGACUAUCUGAUAGCAAUCAGCUCCGAUUCAAGAGUGAAGAUGAUCCUGUUGUUGUCGGAUACGGCGGUGAUAAGGGUGGAUCUCAAACCAAACUCUGCAUCAUGUUUGGUAGUAUCGAUCAGCCGAACAAUCCCCACAGUCUUCUACUUGUGGGAAUGUAUGACGGAUCCGAUGACUACAAGUCACUGCAGGAUAAUAUGGGCUCGGUGUUCGAACAGAUUAAUGAGUUAUCCACGCUGACAUAUAAGGAGAAAGGCCAUGUGAUCACUCGUCCUGUCGUCGUCGUUGCCAUCGGCGACUGUAAAUUCUUAUCCUCGAUUUUAGGUCACGCAGGACAGUCCUGUUCGACGCCAUGUUUCUGUUGCAAACUGGCAUGGUCAUGUAGACCUCCACACGCAACUCUUCUUGCUGACUUCGAUUUCUCGAUCGCUGCUGAUGAAUACGAUCCGGAAGACUUGAAAAGUCCACUUUUGAAUCUUCCACCUUCCUCUGUCGGUCCACCCAUUCUUCAUGUGAUGCUCGGAAUCGUCCAGAACUACGUCUUGAAUCCUCUCGUAGCGUUGUGCAAUGUUCUCGAUUAUGGUGAAGAUUUGCCAGAUGAUUUAAAAGACCAGAAAAAGAUGCUUCGAACGUUGGAACAGGAAGAAUCAGAUUAUAAAGGACGUGUUGAAGUUCUUGAAUCCUCAGUUCGUUCAAUUGAUUCAUUGGUAGAAGUUGUGAAGAAGACAAAGAAUUCUGGGAAGAAAAAAUCGAUAUGUCAUCAUGUUGUCAAUCUGAGCAUUGUUUGA